AUGCCCUCCCCGUACGAACCACGAUCGCCACGCACCGGUGCCGCUUACGAGCGUGUCGCCUCCAACACCUACGACAACAGCAUGUCGCAGCAAUAUCCCCAGCACCAGUAUCCGCAGCAGUAUCCCCAGUACUACCAGCGUCAGCAGUAUCCCGAGGAGCCCUACGAUGCUCCCACCCCAGCGCUGGCCGCUGACAGCUACUCGCCCGAGUACAGCAUGGAGGACAUGCGCAAGCCCCAAUCCAACCGCUACUCGAUCUCCUCCCAGCCAAGGGACUAUGCCGACCCGGACGCAGGUUGGGUCGAAAAGCGAUCCUCGGGCGUUCCCAUCACCACCUACGCCACCACCUCCGACCCCGUCGGCCAUCGCCGCAAGAAGAUCUGGACCAUCACCGGCGCCGUCAUCGCCGUCAUUCUCAUCAUCGGCGUCGUCGUCGGCAUCGUCGUAGCCAAGCACAAGAACUCCAACGCCAGCGCUUCGUCCUCUUCCUCCAAAACCAACAGCAACAUCUCGAGCGACCCGUCCAAAUUCAAAAAGGACACGGCGCUGCACAACAGCUUCUGGGGAAUGUGCUACACGCCCUUCAACUCGCAGUACCAGUACGGCUGUGGUGUCGACCUCGCCUCGGUCAUCGAGGACGUACAGACGCUCUCCCAGCUCACCUCGCGCGUGCGUCUGUACGGCGCAGACUGCAACGUCACCGCGCUCAUGCUCGAUGCCAUCCAGCGCACCAAGACCAACCUCACCAUCUACCCGGCCAUCUACCUCGACCAGUCCGACCCCAACGACGCCGCCUGGACCCGCCAGGUGGACAACAUCACCUUUGCCCUCGACAGCUUUGGCACCGACCACAUUGGCGGCAUCUCGGUCGGCAACGAGUACCUCCUCAACGGCGGCUCGGCGGCUAACCUGGUGGCGUACGUGCAGAGGUUCCGCACGCUCGCCGCGUCCAAGAGCUGGUCCUUCCCCGUCGGCACGGGCGAUGCCGGCAGCAUGUUUACCGCCACGGUUGCUGCCGGUGUCGACUACUUUAUGGCCAACGUGCAUGCGUGGUUUGCGGGCACUCUGGUCCAGGAUGGUCCCGGCUGGACGUACGAGUACUUUGAAACCAACGAUGCGGCGGUUGCCGAGGCUGCACCCAACAAGCCGGCGGCGUACAUUGCCGAGACCGGUUGGCCUUCCGGUGCCAACACUACACAGGCGGAAACGUACGUGAACGAGAAUGGUCAGGUGACGGGCGCCAAGGCGGGCGUGGCGGAACUGCAGACGUUCCUGGAUGGCUAUGUCUGCGACGCCAACAAGAACGGCACGGGUUACUUUUGGUUCGAGCUGUACGACGAGGUGUGGAAGGACGCUCUGUACGGAGGCGUCGAGGCCCACUGGGGUUUGUUCGACAAGGAUAAGAAGCUCAAGCAGAUCACCAUCCCGAACUGCAGUCACAACUAG